CCAGCUAAGCGGGCUAAGCUAUUUUCGUGUCGCGCGUGCUUCAGGGACCAAGUACCCCGGGGACGGUGAGAAAUAUGUGUUCACGUAUACGCGCGACUCGAUAACGCUCGGCCGCGAAAUAUGUCAGCGGGCACCACGGAUCCGAACGAGACUGUCACGCGCGCGGAACGCACUCACGAUGGCAGUUACGAGUCGCGACAGGCUGACCUCGCUGACCCCUCGGACCUGUUGGACCUGCAGCUCGAGGUCGUCGACAAUGACGAUUGGUUGUACAUGCCUGUGCGCUGCCCAACCGAGUCUUCAAUUCAGGAUCUACAUGCCUGGUUGAAGACAGAACCGGAAUUGGAUGUUCAAAGUAACAAGAAAUGCAUCGACACGAGAACAUUCACAAGACCCAAGAAACGAUCGGCUCGGAUGAGCUUCGAAUCGAUUUUCGAAGGACUACCGCAUUCUACAACGGAUAUACGGACGCAAGAUAUAAAUGUUACGCACAUAGAAAAUAUGGAAAAAUAUUUACCCGCAACAAUUGGAAGUAAUGAAUUUGUGCCACCCAUCCUGAAGCCAUCCACUGGAACAGCUAUGGCCAUCUUGUCCGACGAAAGCUCGGCGAUGUCGGGGCAGGAAAGCAUGGAAGCCUUUCUGAACAUGUCGCAGUCCAAAGGAAUAGAUUCAUUUAUAAAUUUGGGCGAGCCUGAGUUCAGCGAUUUCUUGAUGAACGUGUCGCAGCCGCCUGUUCUGUGUUCAUCCGUUAUCGCGUCCACAAACGAGUCUAUAUUUAUUAAAAACGACACAAUGUCCCUGACAAAUAAAAGCAUGGCUCAAAAUAGUCUCGACGUGGAAGAAAGCUCAAACUCCGCUAACAUUAAUGAGACAUUCGUGAUGCAAAACGCGGACAAUACGAUUACACUUGACGACAUGUGUCGCACAAAUAGUCUAAGCAACACCUGCAAAGAAUCUCUUCAACUAAAUAAAGGCUUGAAUGCGAUAUAUGACGAAGUUCCUGGUGAAACCUCAGCAUCAAGAUCGAAUCUCAACAGGAGAGAGACAGCCGUUUUGUCUUCCACUUUUGUAGCCGAGCCUAACGCUAAUGCUACCUUCGUGCAAUCGCCAAAUAAAGCGAGUAAUGGCAUUACGUCACUGGGUACUACAUAUCUGCGCUUAGCGAGAGGCGCCGAGAGACCGAAUUCGCCCGUGUCGAUUGUUAACGACACGUACGUGCCUACAAUGCGUGUAAAUAAAGUCGACUUAAAUGUAACGUGUAAUAUUCUGCCGGACGAGAUCAAACCCGUUGCACUUCUCACGCGCGAGGCACACGCGAAGACGAACGCCCUAGAUUUAUCUUUCAAGGUGCCUAUGCGUAACCAAUCCACGCCGAUAAAUCCAAACAUGCUUAGUACAAGGCCGAAACUUGCCACGCAGCCUCCGGAUCAGCCGCAGCCAACUGCGUAUCCCACGUCGUUGAGGCGGGAACUCUUAGCGGAGAUUCAUCGAAGCAGCGAGCGUAAGCUGGACUCCACGUACAAUCAUAUCCCUAGCGAUCAUCCCGGCGUGAGAGACACGAGAAAGAACAAUCACGUGGCCUGCAGCAAGGAUGAGACCGACGUUUUUCCGACCAACAAAUACCACACGUACAAGAAGACGGCAUUUACGGCCAAUCAGUGUUCAAGCCAGAACGAAACGCCUGUAACCGCUCAAAAGGAAUCGCCUGUGGACCAACGUAAAUUUUAUACCUUCACGAAGAAGAGCAACCCCGUCGAGAGAACUGACAAUAUCGCGAGCGAGGCGCGUCCGAGCAUGGAUAGCACGUUUUGCAAGCCCGUUCUCUCGAAGGCGCAGCCGAAGAGAAACGUACCGAGGGCGUUGUCGAAGUUGCCGCAGUUCCUGCAAAAGUCCAAUCCCAAUCUUGUGUCGGGCUCGCUGAGGGGCGCCGGUGGCGUGGCCGUUGGUCGCAUGUCUAGUAUAGGAUACAUUAAGGGCUCACAACCCAAUAUCGUGCAGAACGUCGCGGAGAAGUCGCAACUGCCGAACAAGAUGCAUCUGUAUGGCAAGGUGAAGAGCGGCUCCGAGCAGCGUUUGCUCGAGGCCAACGUGAAUACGAAUAAUCAGUUUCCAACGGGCGCGAUUGCCGGCUCGACGGAGAGCAUAGAGAGCACCCACAGCGUUCACAGCGCUCCCGACCUGGGUGACAGACUCAGCACGUGCUCCGACAGCAGUGGUCCCAAUUCGUGCGACAAGCGAACGAUGAAUGCCGAGCAAUUGCACGAGCUAGUGCGAAUGCAGGAAGAGAGUUUGAAGCAGGACUCUGCGCCCAAACCGGACAGACAAGUUCUCGAGAACACGUGGGUCGAAGCGAGAACGGAUUUGCCUUCCCCGAUUAUGAAAAACGGUGUAGAACAUUGCGAAGCUAACAGACGAUUAUUAAAUGUGAACUCAAGUAUGAAAUGCAGCUCUCCAAUAAUCAGUCCCGCUGAGUCUAGUCAUGCGUUAAACAACGAUGGAAGUGCCGAAGGUAACAUAGCGAAGACCAAGGAUGAGAUUGUAGUGGGUGAGAAGACAGAGGGUCCAAAUCAAGUAGUGCCUAAAAUUGAGAAUAAGACUCGGUUGAGACAGCCGACCAAUUGGAGUGCCGGAAGCAAGCCAGCUGCUGUGAUAAGCGGAAUUCCUAGGCCCGCGUCGCGUAUACCGGCUCUCAGAUUUGUACGGCCGAACGCGAAAACCACUUAAGUCGAUUUGAGAAAAGAAUGCACAUGAAAUCCCGAACGGUAAAAACAUGCAACAAGGAAAAAUAGAAAUUUUUGCAAAUAUUCAGUUAAUUAUCAUAACCACUAAUGUGAUGAGAAUAACAGAGUUAUAUUUUUGUUUCAAUUAUAUAGUAACGAUAAAGUUUCUCGAAGCUGAUAAAAAUUCAGUAUUAUUUAACUUCCAAGAUGGAUUAUUAUUAUUAUUAUCUGCAUAUUCUUUGUUUGUAACAUUAGUGAAGUGUCACCUCGUGUUAUUCCUAUUAUUUAAUAUAUAUGCAUCUUUUACGAUUUGAAGUAUAAUUGUCUUGCUAAGUAAGAUUGUAAUUAUUUAUACUAUUAUUAUAUGCAAACGUGUAAAAUAAUUCGGGAGUUCGUCUAUCAAUUACUAAAUAAUAUUUAAAAAAUGCGAUCCGUUUCGCGGGUAAGAUCGUUUAAGGGGUUUAUUCUGUAAAAAUGUAAUACUGUAUCUCUAUAAGCUGUGUAGCGCUAUAGAGUAAGAGAGAAAGAGCUACAGAACUUAUAGAACAAAAAUCUUGCAGAAUACACUCCCAAGUCAUAAAUUUUAUCGUUGCCAAAACCAAGAUUUGAAGAUGUAGAUCACAUUGGUGUUGUUUGUAAUUUCUAUACGAUGUAGAACUCGACAUUUUCGUUCGGUAUUUUAUAUGAAGAAAAAAGGCUACUUUUUACAUAAUAGUAUUGACAUACAAACAAUGGCAAUAAAUCUAAGAUCUUUGUACAUAAAAGUGAUAUGUAUAGCGUUAUGAAACAAUCGUUCAAAUAUUUUCUAUUAAAUAAUAUAAGAUCGGCCGAUAAAUUAUAAAAGAUGUUCACGGAAACAAAAGACUGCGAGUGUAAUUGAAACUUUUGCAGGUAAAAUUCUCUUUUUAUCUCAUCUCCGUCCUGCUCGACAGUGUAUAGCCGGUUUCCUGUUCAUAAAUUACCUGUUAUAUUUUGUCAAAUAACCUGAGACAUAUCGCGCUUACAUGAUACAAAGAAAUUAUAAAAGGUUGAUACAGUUGUUUAAAACAUGUUGUUUAUUUAAUUAUAUAUUAAUGUACAAAUAACAUUUUUAACAUGUUUCGCCAUGGUGUGCCGUCAUCGUAAUUGACAAUUCUUUAGAAUAUUUAAGUUAAAUUAGAAGUUUUGUUUUCUUGAUAAACAACGAUGCAAAGCGUAUGAACACUGUUGUUCCUUCAUUGUGAAGAGUGUGGAAUCUACAAAGAAGUCGAAGUGCAACCCCGUAUUUUCGAUUUUAGUAAUUAUCAUUGUAUAUACAAAUUUUCUAUAUAAAAUAUAUAUGUAUUUAUAUGUAUGCGAUAAAAUAUGUAAAAUUACAAAAUACUUUACGGUUUUUAUUUUCUUUUUCUCAAAAAUGCGUCGAACUUAUGUUCAACAUAUCAAUAUUUCAAUGGUUGCACAGGUACCGAACAUCUGAUAUGAACGUACAUCUCGAACAAUUUUCUUAUACAUACACGUAUAUAUAAAAAUGUAAUAUAUAUAACAUUUUUACAGAAUAAACCCCUUAAAUGAUCUUACCCGCGAAAUGGAUCGCAUUUUUAAAUAUUUAGCAAUUAAUAGACGAACUCCCGAAUUAUUUUACACGUUUGCAUAUAAUAAUAGUAUAAAUAAUUGCAAUCAUUACUUAGCAGGACAAUUAUGCUUCAUAUCGUAAAAAUGCAUAUAUAUUAAAUAGGAAUAACAUGAGGUGACACUUCACUAAUGUUACAAACUAAAUACAAAGAGCACGCCGAUAAUAAUAAUAAUAAUCCAUCUUGGAAGCUCAAUACUGAAUUUUUAUCAGCUUCGAAAAACUUUAUCGUCGCUACAUAUUAUAAUUGAAACAAAAAUAUAACCCUGUUAUUAUCAUCACAUUAGUGGUUAUGACAAUUAACUGAAUAUUUGAAAAAUUUUCUUAUUUUUCCUUGUUGCGUGUUUUUACCGUUCGGGAUUUCAUAUGCAUCGUUUCCUCAAAUCGGCUUGAGUGACCGUAUGUAUAAAAAAAUUGUUCGAGACGCAAGUUCAUAUCAGAUGUUCGGUACCUAUGCAACCAUUGAAAUGUUGAUAUGUUGAACAUAAGUUCGACACAUUUUUGAGAAAAAGAAAAUAGAAAACCGUAAAAUAUUUUGUAAUUUCACAUAUUUCAUCGCAUACGUAUAAAUACAUAUAUAUUUUGUAUAGAAAAUUUGUUUAUACAUUGAUAAUUACUAAAAUCGAGAAUACGGGGUUGCACUUCGACUUCUUUGUAGAUUCCACAUUCUGCACAAUGAAGGAACAACAGUAUUCAUACGCUUUGCUUCGUUGUUUACUAAGAAAACAAAACUUCUAAUUUAACUUAAAUAUUCUAACGAAUUGUCAAUUACGAUUACGGCACAUCAUGUAGAAACAUAUAAAAAAUAUUAUUCAUACAUUAAUAUAUAAUUAAAUAAACAUUUUUUAUUAUGAGAAAAGUAUCGUAAGAUCCAAUGAUUAAUCUAUUGAUUAAUCGCCGAAAUAUUUAAUUAAACACUCCUAUUAAUAUUUAUUCUGUGUACGGAGGUAACACAAGUUCAUUUUAAUCGCAAACCAGAAUUGAAGUAAUGUGUAUGCCUAUUGUAAAUAAUAAACCGAAUAAGUGAUUGUCGUAUCGUAAUCUUUAAUGUAGAUAAGUGUUAGACCUUAAGUGCCUUUAUUGUAUUAAUCGAGAUACAAACAGCGAUUUUUUGUACAUGAAAAAUACAAAAACUAAGAAAAUGCGCUCACUAA